GCGGCCGGCCUGGCCCGGCAGUCGGGCAGUCUCGUCCUCGCCAGUACCACACUUGUUCAGGUGGAGAGCGCACCGUGUUCGUCGCGGCCGCCCUGCACCGCACGCCGUGCUGCCCUUGUCCCGCCUGUGUUUGUGUCCUGACUGGAGGUGCCGAAACGGAUUGGAUUCUGAGCCCGUGGCCCACAGCCAGCCGGAGGAGCGCCCCCGGGAACGUUGGCCGGGAGGCGCUGACCCCCGAGCGGCUCGACAGGAGGUCGCUGUGACGGGACGGGACGGGACCAUGGCGCUGGCCACCUGUUGACCGAUUGUUUUGGUCCCGGUCGGCGGGUCGUGCUGACCGAGGGAGGCGUCCGGCAUCGGGCCGUGUCUUGCGCGUGCGAGUGUCGUGUCGCCAAUCGUGUGCAAGUAGUGAACCGCUGCGUCGGACUCGCGGUGAGAGAGUGUGCGUGUGAGUGAGUGGAUAACCCAUCCCCGUCUUGGAUUUACCUCGUACACCCCGACUGGAUCUUGUGCCAUCGCGAGGGCUGGACCGCCGGCUCCAGAUGAGAGUCGCCGGGCCGAUGGUGAAAUAGGGGGCGGUGCCGCCAUGGAGCCGCCGCCCUUGUACUCGCCCGGUCGCCGCCCACUGCUGCAGUUUCCGCCGCCGCCGCCCUACCCGCCGCCCGACGGGGACGCGGCCGCCCUCAUGAUCCCCGGCAUGCCUGGCGCCGCCAGCCCGGCGGCCAUGUCGCCGCUGCACCACCACCACCACCAGCAGCAGGUGCAGCAGCAGCACCACCACCAGCAGCAGCUGAUGCAACAGCAGCAGCUACAGCAGCAACUGCAACAGCAGCUGCAGCAGCAACACCAUCACCUGCAGCAGCAGCAGCUACAGCAGCAACAGCAACAGCAGUCGCCGCGACGCGCCGCGCCCGGUGGGCAGGGCGGGUCGCGCGUCUACCAGCAGCACGCGCCCGUCGUGCACCACGCCGACUGCCCCUACUCGUACUCGUACGCCUACUACGAGCCGGGCGCCGUGCCCACGCCACGGCACGUCAUGGAGCGCCAGGCGCGCCACACGUACAUGACGCGCUACGGCACCGAGGAGAACAUCUACGAGGAGAUCGGCGAGGUGUCGGCCAAGAGGCAGGCCGCCCUGGAGGAGGAGGUGCGCUCCGUGCAGAGCCGGCACCGGCGCGUGCUCGGCGAGCUCAACCUCACCGUGGAGGCCAUGCUCAUGCCCACGACGGGGGACCAGCGCGACGAGCAGCAGCAGCCCCAGCAGCCCCAGCAGCCGCACACGGAGCACGAGCUGCAGCGCAGCGGCUACACGACGGCGAGCCCUGCGCACACGAGCGUGCUGACGGGCGUGCCGCCUGCGCCGGACCUGCUGGAGGACCUGCUCCGCAAUGUGGGGCCCACGGACGAGCUGCUGUCGCCUGCCGGGUGCUCCCCGGGCAGCGCGGCCUCGCCGCUGGCCGCCCCGCAGGCCGCGCAGGCUUUGCAGCAGGCCCAGCCGCAGGCCCCCCAGGGCCCCGUGACGCCUCAGGAGAUGCACGAGAUGCCGCCCUUCACUGGCCUCGGCGGCACCGCGCUGCCCGGCGGGGGUGGCUCUCUGCGACGGCCUCCUCCUCCGCCGCCCCCGACGCCCUCGCCAUACCAGUCGCCGGGCGCGUAUGGUCAGCUACCCGCCACGCUGCAGGCAGCGGCUGUCGCGGUGGCGACGGCCGCCGCCGUGGCCGGGAGCCCCGGCGCCUCCCCGGCGGGCGGUAGCACCCCGUUGAGGGGGUCGCCGCAGCACGCCCUCCACGCCGCUCAGUACGUGACGUGUCCGGCGCACCCCAACACCGUCCUGGCGCGGCCCGUGCACCGCCAGCACCGCUCGCUGGAUCUGGGCCGCGACGGCAAGCCCCAGCUGCUGCCGCCGCAACACCUGCUGCAGCGCAGCGCGCACCGCCACAGCAUCGCCAAGGAGGUGCCGAGCCGCGGCCCCGGCCCCGAGCAGGGCCACGGUGGCGGGGCCGGUGGCAGCGGCUUCUGGAGCAAGCGCGCCUGGAAGAAGAUCCCCGGCUUCCACGCCUCGUCCAGCAAGAUCAAUG